GUUUCACACGUACUUGUUUCGUGGUAGACCCAUUACAUAAUCUUACUCAAACUGGUUUCAAGCAAGGGAAACAGCAUGAAGUGGAUUGUGCUGAUAGAAAUAUACAUUGUAUAUUCCAAUGGUGCACUGGCUGCUGGAGUCUGCAAAGGUACUUGGGAUUCCUAUGAAGGGUCUUGCUACGCCUAUGUGAACGACCAAGAAACGUGGGCAGGCGCGGCGGAGAUAUGUGAACGGCUCGGGGGCUACCUGGUUGAAAUAACCUCAUCUACGGAGAAUAACUACGUGAAGCAGUUAAUCAGGAGCAGUAGUGCUGGAGACGUAUGGACAGGAGGCAACGACCUGUUAGGUUUAGGAAAAUGGAGUUGGUUAAACAGCGGUAACAGAAUACUGUUUACUGACUGGGCGCCUGGUGAACCACAUGGGAGCUCAGUUACCCGAUGCAUUCAAUUAUGGGCUGAUGAUUCGUAUUUAUGGGACGACACACCUUGUCAUGAAGAAAAUGCCUUUGUGUGUGAAAGCGGUCCAUUAUCCGAUGGGUCAGGCGUUACUGGUGAAGUCCCAGACUUCGGUUAAAAGUAUUAUCAGUACUUGAUGUAUCACGAUGAUGCAAAAUGAUACAUACUAUGUUAAACAACCAUGAAUACGAAAUACAUUUGUGAAUCCUU